UUGAGACCCUGUUCCACUGGCUCCCCGUCUCCUUGGACACCAGAGGCUGCAGGAACUAACUUGUACCAAACACACAGCAGCUAGCCGCUAGCCUCCUGCUCCAGGCUAUGAGGGGUCUGUUGACCACAAGGGACCAGCACUGCUGGAAGGAGUUGAUUGAGAAAGAGGCUUUCAGCAGGGUCAGCUGGAAGGUGAAGUAUGGGCACAAGUUCCCCAGGCUAGAGCCCUGCAGUGGCCCCAGGAGGAAAUGUAUUCUACCGGCUAUUUGCCCUCUCAAGGAGCAGGAGGAGAGGCUCAGUCCCCCUAGGACCCAGGAGGAGGGAACUGGCUUUAAGAAGCAGGGGGAGGGGAUAAGCCUCCCCAGGAAGCAGGAGGAUAAGGAUCAGGAGCCCCUUCUUAAGGAAAUGAGACCUGCCACCCCCAAGACCAAGCAUCUGCUGUACCAGGGCAUCUCCCGGGAAGGCCAAGGAAGGCACCUGUACCUGCAGGAGAGAAAGCUGAAGAAUCCUGAGGAGAAAUUCCACUAUCCAGUCCUGUCAUCCUGGGAGUAUGGCUGGCGCUUAGGAGACGUUAUUACUGAAAUCAAGGCUCCAAUUCAUGCCAGGUCUGGAAUUGUAAAGGAUACUUUCUACAUCAGAAAUGGAGUCUUCCAUCAUCCAUCAAAAAGUGACAAGCUGUCGUGAGCUUUGGUGUUUGUUACAUAUAUUAGAAAUGCAAAACUCCGUGCUGUUGCCUAGUAUGACUGGUUUUAUGUCAGAUCUGCAACCUCUGUAAUUAUUUCCCUCUUUAAUUGUUUCUGUGGGAGACAAGUUUAAGGUUUCUAAUUCAGA